AUGGCCAACCAUCACCCAUCGCCGCAGAUGGCGAUGCAAAUGCAGCAUCAUGGCCCGUCGAUUAAUCCUCCUGGGCCUGCCCAGGGUGGCCAAUGGGGGGCUCCUUCACGGCAUAUAGUUGCCGUGAACGAACAACUAUGGAUGCAAAUCGGCAGCUUCUCGGAACUCGUCGGCAACUUCGACGAGGCCAUGAUCGCAUACGAGCACGCCCUUCUCGCGAAUCAAAACUCAGUACCCGCGAUGAACGCGAUCAGUCUGAUUCUUCGGACCCGCGAAGACUUUCCGAAGGCAGUGGACUUUCUGCAGGCCAUACUGAAAAUUGACGGGAAUAAUGGCGAGGUCUGGGGUAGUCUCGGACACUGCUAUCUGAUGAUGGAUGAUUUGCAGCAGGCGUAUGCUGCUUAUCAGUCCGCUCUGGUGAACCUGCAAAACCCCAAGGAACCUAAGUUGUGGUAUGGGAUAGGCAUCCUGUACGAUAGAUACGGGUCGCUUGAGCAUGCCGAGGAAGCAUUCUCUCAGGUCAUGCAGAUGCAGCCCGACUUCGAAAAGGCCAAUGAGAUCUACUUCCGUCUUGGUAUAAUAUACAAGCAACAGUCCAAAUUUGGUCAAAGUUUAGAGUGCUUCAAGUACAUCGUCAACUCGCCCCCGCCGCCCUUGACCGAGGAAGACAUCUGGUUCCAGAUUGGUCAUGUGCAUGAGCAGCAGAAAGAUUACGACAGCGCUAAAGCCGCUUAUGGACGUGUCCUUGAUCGUGAUCCGAACCAUGCAAAGGUUCUGCAGCAGCUUGGCUGGCUCCAUCACCAGCAGAGCAACAGUUUCCAGACUCAGGAGCGGGCGAUUGAGUAUCUGGAGAAGUCGGUGGCUGCCGACAACAGCGACGCCCAAAGCUGGUACCUCCUAGGCCGCUGCUACAUGUCACAGCAGAAGUACCCUAAGGCCUACGAGGCCUACCAACAGGCGGUGUAUCGUGACGGACGGAACCCUACAUUCUGGUGCUCCAUUGGAGUAUUGUACUAUCAGAUCAAUCAGUACCGAGAUGCCUUGGAUGCGUACUCCCGCGCGAUACGCCUGAACCCGUACAUCUCUGAAGUGUGGUAUGACCUAGGCACAUUGUACGAAUCUUGCAACAAUCAGAUCAGCGAUGCGCUCGACGCAUACCAACGGGCUGCCGAACUGGACCCGGGCAACCCGCACAUCAAAGCGAGACUGCAAUUACUACGGAAUGGUCAGACUUCGGGAAGUCUUCCACAAGCCGUCCCGACGGACGUCCACCCCCAAUCCUACGGAGCUCAAGGCCCGUCUACUCCUGCUUGGCCCGGCUCUGGACCGAUUCAGACCGGACCUGGUGGUGCUCACAGACCUCCACCUGGCCCAGCUACUGCCAACGGCUGGAGUCAACGGCCUCUCAAUGACAUUAACGCUCCUCAGCCGCCGAAUCCAUAUGAACAGCGAGAGCCCUUCCGCGGCGGACCGCCUCCAUCUAUUGCACGUCAGCCCAGUCCUCGCCAAGAGAUGAGACCUUAUGGGGAGCCUAACAGGCCUGGCCCAGCGCCAAUUCGAAGAGGACCUUCGCCCGGUCCGCCAGCGCAGUAUGGCCCCCCGCCGUCUGGGCCCUCUCAGCAACCUCCUCCACCUGCUCAGGGCCCUGCUCGUGUCACAAACCCCAACUAUACCCCGGCGCCGUCAUCGAGCAUGGCUCCCACCAACGGCCCGCCGCUCGGUCCACCACCGCCUCAUAUGAUGUCUUACCGCACUGGCUCUCCACGUUCGGAUCAACAAAGGCCGAUGCACGACAACCGCAUGCCAUCUCCCAAGUCUGCCUACCCCCAGCACCAGCCUCCGUAUCCUCAUCAUCAGGAGUCGGGAAUGCCCAACAUGGAGCCAGGCCCUAUGCCCCCAAAAGGCCCAAUGGGUCCUGAGCUUCAUCGAGAUGAUCGGCCACCUUCCGUUGCUGCGAAGAGGAUGCGGGAAUGGGAAGAUGAACCCUCCAUGAAGAAGCCCGCCAAUGAUGAGAAUCGGUUACGCAUGCAAGACAUCGGUCACCGCCGGCCUUCCACGCCUCCGCGUGAUCCUUAUCGUCGCUCUCCCGACGCCCACCGCUUCGAAGAACGUCGAAUGGAAGAGCAACGACGCGCAGAAGAUCAGAGACGCGCCGAAGAAAUGCGUCGUGCAGAAGAGCUGAGGCACGCCAAUGAGAACUAUCAUCCGUCGGAAGCCGCACAUCACCCUCCGGCACACGCAAUGCCACCAAACCAUCUGCCCCCGAUGCAGCAGCAGGGACCCGGCCCUAUGCAAGGACCAUCACCCAUAGGGCCUUCACCUAUGCAAGGUCUCAUUCACGAGGCGCCUCAGCCCAGCCCGGCUGCUAAGGAGUACACUCAGGAUGAGCGAAGGCUGGAACACCCACCUGCUUCCGCCCCUCAGAUGAACGAGCCCGAGCGUGCGGCUAGGAAGAUGGACGUUGACGAAGAUUAUGAUGACAGUGGAGAGGAAGAGAAGAAGCCGGUUCCUGCGGGACCAACCUCAGGACCUGGGUCGGCAACGGGAGACAUGAAGAUCUCUACGCCGACCAGUGCAUCGAUCAACGGGAUGAUGGGCCCAAUCCCAAAGACGGAGGGGCCUGCUUAG